AUGAUUUGUGAUCUCAUGAAUUAUGACAUUGCCCCUCCGUUGGCUUUCAUGGAGUAUAUCAACCGUGACAAACAUAUGCAGGGCAAAUUCUUCAUAAAUAUGGCUCCAUAUACCCCCAGUAAUUACCGUGACAUGAUCAGAUAUCUCAAAAACGAAACUUUCGAUGAAGAGGGCUACGACCGUAACUUCUACAUUGACAUCUGCCGUGAAGUCUUCGGUAGGGAGUACAAUACCGAAUACAUAAAGGAGGCUGUUCGGUCCACGAUAUCACACUACGGUGGAGCUGAUGGAUAUAAGAGAUUCUUCAAAAACGAACAAUGGGCCAAACCAGACGGUCCAAUCUUCUUGAUGAUUGGUGGCGAAUCACCUGCGCGCCCUUCAUGGGUUCUCAACGAGAACCUCACCUAUCUUGAAUUCGGAGCAACAGUGUAUCUACUAGAACACAGAUAUUACGGCGAGAGCCACCUCUUCGAAGCAGUUGGUGCAUUCAAAAAUAAGAUAUACACAUAUUAUCUAUCUUCUCUACAAAUGCUUUAUGACGUGGCCAAUUUCAUAAGAACCGUGAACACCGAAAUGGGAACGGAUAAGCCCGCUAAAUGGAUAGUUUUUGGUGGAUCGUAUUCUGGAUCAUUAGCAUUAUGGAUGCGUCAACUCUUUCCGGAUUUAGUACAUGGAGCCGUCGGCUCAUCUGCACCUUUAGAGGCAAAAUUGGACUUUACGUAA